GAAGACGGAGGGCCCGGCUGCCCGCCCGCCCCCCUUCCCCGGCGGAGCCCUGGCGGUCCUCGCUUGAUCUCGCAGCCACGGGAGCCUGUCUACAUGUACCCCCGGUUGUCUGCUCGCCUCAGUUCCCAGCAGCAGGGAUCUUCGCUCAGCUCUGGAUUGCCCUUUCUUCCUCGCGGUGUUUCGGAUUCCCUGCCGCUCGCCUGUCUGCACGGCGCACACUUUCGCUCCUGCCUACUCACCCAGCUGUGUUCCUGGCUGCGUGUUGCUUUUAGCCAGUCUGCACUGGGCAAAUUGUUUUCUGCAUUUGCACAGGAUUUACUUUUAUUGAUAGAAAUCCCUAAACGGAUACGGCUUGCGCAGUACUGAAAGCAACGCUAAAGAGCAACCGAUUUGAAUUGCACAGUAUCUUUGGUGCUUGGUCCGAAUAGCACAUCCAACGCUGUUAUUUAAACAAGGCCUCCAGCUUUCUUUGCACUGGACAGUACAACCGUUGCUUCGUUGAACUCGAUGCCACUGUGUUUUAACCUCUGCUGAAUCUGAAUUUGGAUUGCACAGUAUUUGGCUGCGGAGAUCCGGACUCAUAGCAGCACCUGCAGUUUAACUGCUGAGUGCUACCUCACUGACCAACAUGUUGCCAGGAUCUAUCCAGAUCUCUGGGGAGACUUUAUCAAGCGCUGAGAUCCGGGAUAUCUGUGAAAGCCUGCGGGAGAACUCCAUCAAACUGCUUUCUCUCCGGGGCUGUCAGCUUUCUGACCGAGAUUUCGGUCGCAUCUGCAGGGGGGUAGCAGAGUCUCACUCCUUGGCUCAACUCAAUCUUAACUUGGGCAUUGUUUCUAACAUCAACCGAGUCAAACAACUGGCAGAGGCCCUGAAGACCAACCGCUCUGUCCAGUCUCUGUUCCUCCACGGGAGUCCCCUGACAGAUGCUGGCCUGGCUUUCCUCAACCCAGCACUUUCCACUCAUCCCUCUCUAGUAGCCUUGGAUUUGGGAGACUGUAUGCUAGGGGAUGAAGGUAUCAACUUGAUCUGUGGGCUUCUGCCUCCUGAUGGCGCCAAGUCUGGUUUGAAGGAGCUGACCCUCAGUGCCAAUCCUGGCAUCACAGCAAAAGGAUGGGGCCGCCUGGCUAUUGCAGUGGCUCACAGUUCCCAAGUGCGAGUGUUGAACUUGGACUACAACCCUCUGGGUGACCAGAUAGUAGGGAUGUUGGCAGUUUCUGUGGCAUCCAGCCGCACCUUAGAGGUUCUGGACUUGGAAGGAACAGGACUUACCAACCAAUCAGCCUUGAUUUUGCUGGACAUGGUGGAAAACUACCCAACAGCCUUGAGGACACUGAUCCUAGCAGAGAACAACAUAAGUCCUGAACUGCAGCAGCAAAUCUCUGACCUUCUGUCUGAGGGUGAGGAGGAGGAGGAGAAUGAAACUCGUGAAGUAAUGGCCAGAGAGAAGAACUCAUGGAUCUGCCAGAGCAAUUCCAGUUCCCAGAUGGUCUUCGUAACAUCAGGCCUUGGAGAAAGUCUGCUAGCAGAAACAGAGAUGUGAAAAGGAAAUUCCAGGUGCCUCUAAUGAAAAAACAUUUUCAUGUACGUGGGAAGAUGUGUGUGUCUGUGUAUAGACUUCUGCAUUCACACAGCUGUCAUGUGUGAGUGCGUAUUGUGGGUGUGUGCAUUUGCAAGUGAGUGCAUGUACCAGGCAAACAGAAGGUGUGAAACCCUAUAUGUGCAAUUCCCAUGCCUGCCUGACUGCAGCUUCACACACUUUGUGAAUGUCUUACUGAAGUCACCUUUUAGCUCUCCCAAUGGGACCUCAAUCAAGUUAAUCUCUACAUAAACGUGUGUCCCACAACCUGUCAGUUGCUUGUAAUUUUUCCACUUACUGUAUUUUUAAGCUGAUGCCACCCAUUCCUGACUGAUCUUUGGGGAGGCUGUAUUUAUUCAGAUAUGUAUAUUUAUGUAUAACAGAUACUCUUUUUAUUGCUUGUAACAAUGUCUUGAGUAGGAUUUUAUAAAGUUCACAGAAACAACACAA